AUCGGUCGGAUCUCUCUUCUGACGUCUCUCGUCUACGCGUGCAUCUCCGACCUGUACCGGUCCUUACUCGUCUAAUUCGCCUCGCUCUCGAACGUUCCCACACCGACCAGUUGAACAUUUUUGACCGUCGAUAAUAGAGAUAAAAACGCCACUCCCCUUUCUUUUCAAUACAGCAUUUUCAUUUCCCCACUCAACCACGAAAAAUCUACAACAUGGCGGAUCAACUCAAUAUGGGAAACCUCUCCAUUUCGGGUAACCAGCCCCAGCCCAACGGCUAUGGCGCUGGCCGUUCGGCUUACAUUCCUCCCCAUCUUCGGAAUAAGGGCCCAGCCAUGCCCGGCCCAGCUCCCGUGAUGGAUGGCGGUGCUAAUGGCAGCGCCUGGGGUGGUCCUCCUGCACGUGUCGGCGGCGGUCCCGGCUACUCAAGAGGUGCAACCGGCUCUGGUGGUUACAGCGCCGCGCGUGGGUCUGGUGAUGGCCAGUGGAAGGAUGGAAAGCAUAUUCCCGGCCCUCCUAAUCCCCGCGUCGAGCGUGAACUUUACGGUCUUCCCAAUGAUCCUUCAAAGCAGAGCACCGGCAUCAACUUUGACAAGUACGACGACAUCCCGGUCGAGGCUUCUGGUCACGAUGUCCCUGAGCCCACCAACGAAUUCGCCUCUCCUCCUUUGGAUGCCCACCUGCUCGAGAACAUCCGCAGUGCCGGAUACAAGGCCCCCACGCCUGUCCAAAAAUACUCGAUUCCCAUUGUUUCGAACGGCCGCGACCUCAUGGCCUGCGCCCAGACUGGUUCCGGCAAGACUGGUGGCUUCCUCUUCCCCAUUCUUUCUCAGGCUUUUAUCAACGGUCCUUCUCCUGUCCCCCAGCUUCCCAGCAACAUGGGCUACAGUGGCCGCUCGCGCAAGGCCUUCCCCACAUCGCUGAUCCUCGCCCCUACUCGUGAGCUGGUCUCGCAGAUCUUCGAAGAGUCUCGCAAGUUUGCCUACCGCUCCUGGGUUCGUCCCUGCGUUGUGUAUGGUGGUGCCGACAUUGGCUCUCAGCUUCGCCAGAUUGAGCGCGGAUGUGACUUGCUCGUUGCUACUCCUGGUCGUCUCGUGGACUUGAUUGAGCGUGGCCGUAUUUCUCUCAUGAGCAUCAAGUACCUUGUGCUCGAUGAGGCCGACCGCAUGCUGGACAUGGGUUUCGAGCCCCAGAUUCGUCGUAUCGUUGAGGGUGAGGACAUGCCCCCCACCUCCAACCGCCAGACUCUCAUGUUUUCGGCCACGUUCCCCCGAGACAUUCAGAUGCUUGCCCGCGACUUUUUGAAGGACUACAUUUUCUUGUCGGUCGGUCGUGUCGGUUCCACUUCGGAGAACAUUACUCAAAAGGUUGAGUACGUUGAGGACAUUGACAAGCGCUCUGUCUUGCUCGACAUUCUUCACACUCACCGCAACGGCUUGACCUUGAUCUUCGUCGAGACGAAGCGCAUGGCGGACUCGCUCUCCGACUUUUUGAUCAACCAGUCCUUCCCCGCUACCUCGAUUCACGGUGAUCGCACCCAGCGCGAGCGUGAGCGAGCUUUGGAGAUGUUCCGCUCGGCCCGCUGCCCCAUUCUGGUUGCCACUGCUGUUGCGGCUCGUGGUCUCGAUAUUCCCAAUGUCACCCACGUUGUCAACUACGACUUGCCCACUGACAUUGAUGACUAUGUUCACCGUAUCGGUCGUACUGGUCGUGCCGGUAACACUGGUCUGGCGACUGCCUUUUUCAACCGUGGAAACCGCGGUGUUGUCCGUGAUCUGAUCGAUCUCCUCAAGGAAGCCCACCAGGAAGUGCCUUCCUUUUUGGAGAACAUUGCUCGCGAGUCCAGCUUCGGUGGUGGCGGGCGCGGUGGUCGGUCUGGCGGCCGUGGUCGUGGUGCUACAGCCACCCGUGACUUCCGCAAGUAUGACAACCCUGGCUUUGGUGGUGGCGGCGGUUUUGGUGGUGCUGCUGCUCCUGCGUGGUAGUUUUGGUGCCCCCCCACCUGCCUAUGGCGGUAGCGGUGGCGGCUACGGCAACCCCAGUGGUCCGGGCGCCGCUUCAUGGUGGUAAAAGACCAAACGUGCU